AUGGGUUCCCAAACAGCUCUGCACAACAAGAGCGUGUGGAGGACAUCCGUAAAAUACAGCAAUACAAAACCAUUUCUGAUGGAUGAGCUACAGAAAAUUAGUGAAGAACUAGACAGAUCUAAAAAUCUCAAAGUUUCUGUUGAGGAAGUAAGGUAUCGAAGUGCACUUAGCACAGCAAUGAACCUCCUAAAAGAGGUGUCUGCGACAGAAACCGAGCUCUCGCAAGAUGACAGAAAUGCAGCUACUUUUGGAACAUCUGGAGAAGCAGUAAAACUUGAGCAGGAAAAUGAAUGUACACCUUCAACAACAAAGCUUCUACAGAAACACUCAUCAGGCUCCACCAUUGGAACAACACUAAAAAGGAGGAAAAGCUUAAGAACACAUAAACAAUCCAUGUGUGUCAAGACAUCAGAUGAGCCCAAAGCUGAAAAACGUGCCCUGACCAAAGACGUAGGUCAUAGAAAAAAAAGAAAAAGGGCAGAAGACACAAGCACCGAACAAGGUAGUUUUCCAGGUGAGAACAGCGGUAAUACAGGGGAGCAAAAAUCUGUAAAAGGAAGAAUUAGAAGGGGCAGAUCUAAGAGCCCUCUCUCAUCACCAAAGGAGAUACAGAAUGUCAUAUCACCUAGUACAGAUGAAGAUAAUACAAGGAACGGAUAUCGGCAUCCCAAACGCCUUAUGCAACAGUCUACAAAAAAGAACAAAGUACAGGUGGCCACCACUGUACAGAAAGUCAUCGCUGAUGCAGAAGAAAAAGAUUCCCACAGGAAGGGCAAAUACAACCAGCUCCCUUUGCCAGACUUCACCUUCACUGAGACAGCUACUGUGGGCACGGCUGUGAACGGGUACCUUCACAGCAGCCACUUAGAUGAUGGAGACACCCCGGCAGGAGAUGCAUUAUCUUCAGAUUUGUCUAUGGAAUUUAGUUCUCCAGAAUCCAGUACUGUGCGAGAAGCGUGGCCAAAUGAUGAUACAGAAGAAGAUAUUCAACUUCCUGUCAUUGAGCUCACAAAAGAACCAGUCUCCUUUGAGCGUGGGGCAUUUGUCUGGUGUAAAUUUAAGCGAUACCCCUACUGGCCAUCAUUGGUCAAAUUUGUACGAAACAAAGAAAAGCAGGCUACAAUAAUAUUUGUGGAGGAGUGCCUCUCUGAUCCUAACUCUCAAAUAAAGAGUUACAAAGUAUCACUUCGCACAUUAAAGCAUUAUGACUGUCCAGAGAAGCAGGAACUUUUGGACAUUGCUCGUAAAGAUUAUGGGACGUCUGUUAAUUGGUGUGAUGCUGUAAUAUGUGACUACAGAAUUCGACUGGGUUGUUCAUUUUCUGGUUCUUUUUUUGAAUACUGCACCUCCGCAAUCAGCUACCCAGUACGAAAGGAGUAUUGUAAAACAAAAUUGAAUUUCCCCUCAAUAUGUCCAGAAAUACGUGACUCUGUGCCAGACAUCACACACAGUGAUUGCCCUGUGGAAAAGAAAAUUCUACCAGACCGGGCGCGGGCAGCCAGAGACAAAGCAAAUGAGAAACUGGUAGAGUGCAUCGUGAGGAAUAAGCAGGCAGAACGUCACUUGAUGAGCAUCGUUACAGGAAAGAAAAAAUCCCAUUGGUUAGAGAGGUUCCAGUCAUUAAACCAAGAAAUGGAGUGUCUGGAGACCUAUAUUGAAGAUGAAACACAGGCUGAACAAGUGACGGGCUAUCUGCAGACGCUUUGUCAAAGUAUGAGCAGACGGUCGAAAAAGCUUAUGAAUGGCGAUCAAACUAAAUUCAUUCUUGAGGUGAUGUUUCCAGAGGCUGUAAUUUUUGCUAUAUCUGCUACAGAAAACUUAAGUUAUGAAAAAGCAGAGAAGAAAUAUUUAAAGGGACCUUUGCUCACUAAAAGAGAAAGAAAACUGUUUGAGCAGCAGAUUUUGGAUCAGAAGCGGAUCAAACCUGAGGAAAAUCUAUAGACUUAAAGAGAAUUGCAUUGAUGUGA